AUGACCCCUGGGUGCUCCCAGCCCCACGUGACCGUGCCCCACGUGCCCUGCCCGCAGGGUUACUCGCGCAAGGCCGCGGCGCUGGAGUUCCUGCAGCGGCUGGAGGAGGCCAAGGCCGCCUACGAGGAGGGGCUGCGGCACGAGCCCGGCAACGCCCAGCUCCGGGACGGGCUGCGGGGGGUGGAGGCGCGGCUGGCGGAGCGGAAGCUGCUGAACCCCUUCAGCGCCCCGGACCUGCUGGGCCGGCUCGAGGGGGACCCGCGGACGCGCGCGCUGCUGCGGGACCCCGAAUACCGCCAGCUGCUGGAGCAGCUGCGCAGCGACCCCGCCAUGCUCGGCUCGAAGCUGCAGGACCCUCGGGUCAUGACCACCCUGAGCGUGCUGCUGGGGGUGGAGCUGAGCGGAGCCGAGGAGGAGGAGGAGGCGCCCUCCCCCCCCCCCCCGCCCCCCCCCAAACCCCCGGCCCAGCCCCCCCCGCCCGAGGAGCUCCCCGAGAACAAGAAGGAGGCCCAGCAGGAGAAGGAGCUGGGCAACGCUGCCUACAAGCGCAAGGAGUUCCCCGCGGCGCUGGCUCACUACACCCGCGCCGAGGAGCUGGACCCCACCAACAUGAGCUACGUCACCAACCAGGCGGCCGUCUACUUCGAGAGCGGGGACUACGCGCGGUGCCGGGAGCUCUGCACCAAGGCCAUCGAGGUGGGGCGGCAGAACCGGGAGGACUACAGGCAGAUUGCAAAGGCCUACGCGCGCAUCGGGAACUCGUACCUGCGCGAGGAGCGCUACAAGGACGCCAUCCACUUCUAUAACAAGUCCUUGGCCGAGCAUCGCACCCCGGAUGUGCUCAAGAAGUGCCAGCAGGCAGAGAAGAUCCUAAAGGAGCAGGAGCGCUUGGCUUACAUCGACCCCGAGCUGGCGCUGCAGGAGAAGAACAAAGGCAAUGAAUGCUUCCAAAGAGGGGAUUACCCGCAGGCCAUGAAGCACUACACCGAGGCCAUCCGGCGCAACCCGCACGAGGCCCGGCUCUACAGCAACCGUGCUGCCUGCUACACCAAGCUGCUGGAGUUCCCCCUCGCCCUCAAGGACUGUGAGGAGUGCAUCCGCCUGGAGCCCUCCUUCAUCAAAGGCUACACCCGGAAGGCGGCGGCGCUGGAGGCCAUGAAGGAUUACAGCAAGGCCAUGGACGUCUACCAGCGUGCCCUCGACCUGGACGCCGGCUGCAAGGAGGCCGCCGAGGGCUACCAGCGGUGCCUGCUGGCGCAGUACAACCGGCAGGACAGCCCCGAGGAGGUGAAGCGCCGCGCCAUGGCCGACCCCGAGGUGCAGCACAUCAUGAGCGACCCCGCCAUGCGCCUCAUCCUCGAGCAGAUGCAGAAGGACCCCCAGGCCCUCAGCGAGCACCUCAAGAACCCGGUGAUCGCGCAGAAGAUCCAGAAGCUGAUGGAUGUGGGGCUCAUCGCCAUCCGGUGACCCCCCCCUUACCUGCCCCACACCCCCCACACCAUGGGGGGCUGGGGGAGCUGCCCCUCACAUCACACCCCCACCCCCCACCCCCCCGCUUGUGUUGGUUGUGGGGCGCCGCGACCCCCAAUAAAGAGCGGAGCAGCGAC